AUGACGCUCCUCGCCGCCGGCAGCCGGGCGGCCGCGCGCCUCCGCGGGCCCAAGAACGCCCCGUGCGUCCUCUUCGCUGCCCGUCACGCCAGUGCCGCCACGAACCUGAAAGAUGUCCUCGCCAGCAUGAUCCCCAAGGAGCAGGCGAAAAUCAAGAGCUUCAGGCAGCAGCAUGGCAACACGGCCAUCGGGCAGAUCACGGUGGACAUGGUGUACGGCGGGAUGAGAGGCAUGAAAGGGCUGAUAUAUGAGACUUCCGUGCUGGAUCCUGAUGAGGGCAUCCGCUUCCGCGGGUACAGCAUCCCCGAGUGCCAGAAGCUGCUGCCUAAAGCCGCGGGGGGUGAGGAGCCACUGCCCGAGGGACUCUUCUGGCUGCUGGUGACAGGAGAGGUGCCCACCCAGGAGCAGGUGAGCUGGCUGUCCCGUGAGUGGGCCCGGCGUGCCGCACUGCCCUCCCACGUGGUGACCAUGCUGGACAACUUCCCCACCAACCUGCACCCCAUGUCCCAGCUGAGCGCCGCCAUCACCGCCCUCAACAGCGAGAGCAAGUUCGCUCGCGCCUAUGCUGAGGGCAUCCACCGCGUCAAGUACUGGGAGUUUGUCUACGAGGACGCCAUGGACCUGAUCGCCAAGCUGCCUUGCGUCGCCGCAAAGAUCUACCGCAACCUGUACCGCGAGGGCAGCAGCAUCGGGGCCAUCGACCCCAACCUCGACUGGUCCCACAACUUCACCAACAUGCUGGGCUACACCGACCCCCAGUUCAUCGAGCUGAUGCGGCUCUACCUCACCAUCCACAGCGACCACGAGGGGGGAAACGUGAGCGCCCACACCAGCCACCUGGUCGGCAGCGCCCUCUCCGACCCGUACCUCGCCUUCGCCGCCGCCAUGAACGGGCUGGCUGGGCCCCUGCACGGUCUCGCCAACCAGGAGGUGCUGCUCUGGCUGACCAACCUGCAGAAGGAGCUGGGCCAGGAGGUGUCAGACGAGAAGCUGCGGGAUUUCAUCUGGAACACUCUCAACUCGGGCAGGGUGGUGCCGGGGUACGGGCACGCAGUGCUGCGGAAGACGGACCCCCGCUACACCUGCCAGCGGGAGUUCGCCCUCAAGCACCUGCCCAAGGACCCCAUGUUCAAGCUGGUGGCUCAGCUCUACAAGAUCGUCCCCAACGUGCUGCUGGAGCAGGGCAAGGCCAAGAACCCCUGGCCCAACGUGGACGCCCACAGCGGGGUGCUGCUGCAGUAUUACGGGAUGAAGGAGAUGAACUACUACACGGUGCUCUUCGGGGUCUCCCGGGCCCUGGGCGUCCUCUCGCAGCUCAUCUGGAGCCGGGCGCUGGGCUUCCCCCUGGAGAGACCCAAGUCCAUGAGCACGAAGGGCCUCAUGCAGCUCGUGGGCUACAAAUCUGGGUGAAGAAGGGACGGGGACAGGGCCGUGGCUCGCUGCUCCCCAGGGAACGCUGCGCUGCCGUGCCGGGCCCCGGACGGACUCGGCACUGAACCCCCCUCGGGCACCGGCCGUGGGUCUCCUGUGGCGCGAGCGGAGCCCCCCCCCGCCGCUCCUCUCCCCUCCCUCUGCCCCGGGAGGGGUCAGAGGCAGCCCUGGGGCCCCCCGAUCCCUGUCCCCACCCUGGAGCCCCCUCCCCGGCUCUGCCCCGGCCAGGUGGGGGGCUCCUGUGCCCCCACCCCACCCCAGCUGCACUGCGCACACUGGGAGCCCCCCGGCUCCCCUGCUGCUGGGCUGGGGGCGGCGGCACCGGCGAGGCCAUGGGGCGCACCGGCCGCAGGCCCCCCCUCCCCGAGAGGGGUUCAGUCCAGACUCGUGUCCAGGCCCCCCCACAGGGCAGCAGGUGAAGAACGAAUGUCUCAGCCCCCCCCAAGCAGGGACUCGAUACACUCCUCCCCGGCCCACGCCCCCGUGUUUGUGUGAAUCCCCGUGUCCGAUGCCCCCGGCCGCCGGAGCUGGGCCCCCCCUGCGCCCCAGCCCCGGCCCCUCGCAGGUAUUGGGCAUUUCUGUACAAACAACGACAAAAUGCAAAAUAAAUGUUUUUAUUAACAAACCCAGAGCCUCCCUCCCUCCCUCUGGGCACAGGGUCCCCACGGGGCGGGACCCCCAGCCCCUGGGCUCUGCUGUGCCCCUGUAGGAUUUAAGGGGGGGUCAGGGGAUUGUGCCCCCACCCCGGGGAGCUGCCCAGAGGCCCCGGUUUGUCCCUGCUGUUGCCGGCGUGGCGGCACUCGGCAAGCCGGCAGUGCCAGGCUCGGUGAUGUCUGCAGGUACCUGUCUGUUUGGGGUCUGGGGGGGUCUCAGCGCGCAGCCCCCGCCCCAGCUGCCCUCUCCCGUGGCUGCCGAAUGAGGACCAGGAGGCUGCUCACCCUUGGAAAACGCUCUUUAUUGCCCUUCCUCGGGCAGCAAGGCCACGGUGCCCUCGGUGACAGGGAUGGAACGGGGUGGGCCGGGCAGGGGGAGCUGGGGGGUCUGGGGGGACUGGUGGUUCAGGGACCCCCUGCUCCCCCAGGUGGGCGUUUUGGCCUGGGGGGGCCGGAGACCCCCACGUUCCCCCGCCAAAGUAAGGCAGGGCGAGCUGGAACCCAAGGAACGAUGGGGGCGGUGGGGGGGUUGCCGUGGGCCGGGGCCGUCCCGGUCCCUGCGGUGCCAGCGCCUUGGCCUGUAGCGGGGGCUGGGGGUGGCGAGGGGGGGGCACGAGCUGCCCCGUCCCCUGCCCUGUGCGUGUGACUUGUGCAAACUGUGCGACGUCGGGUCUGGCGGCGGAGCGGGCGCUGCCGGGGGUCCCUCGGCUCUGGUGCCCGGUUGCGGGCCAGGUGGCAGCUCUGCUCCUGCCAGGGUUUCCUCCCUGCGCCGUUCUCCUUCCUUCUGUUCCUGGACAGAGCCAGGGGAGGAGGGGGCCCCGGCAGCCGGAGCCCCAUCCUUCCCUGGCCAUUUGUUGCCUCUCCCCCUCUUGUGUUCCCCAGCAGGAUCCGGGCAGGCUCCCCUGCCAGCGAACACUCACCUUCCUCCCGCUC